AUGACUGCUGCGGGAGUAUCUCCGUCAAGCUCUCCGCGGCUUCCCAGUCCGCCGCCUUUCACUGAGGUCCAGAUUGGUCCCCAGUCGCCGUCAGUCGGUGAAGUGUUUGGCAAGGAUGGUGAUCUGGGAGAAGACGAUGGCUCGACGCGCCGAAUCCGGCCAGGGACUAAAGCCGCGGACAUGGCGUUUGGCCCCCCGUUGAUUCCCCUUUCGCAGCUCGAUUCUCCAUUUCAACUCCAGGAACAUCUCAAAGCCCUGUAUAAUCACUUUACGAAGCCCGAAGGAUCUGACGUCGUGGUCCCGAUCAACCGCGAGGUUGCGAUACGGCUAGCCGAACCCCCAGAGGGAGUCGACCGAUCACUCUGGCUCUACGAACUUUGCCGAUUCCUCACUAUGAAAGUUAACAACCUAAUCAUUGCCUUCUUCGCCGAGAGCCCGCCCUGCUCGGCGGCAACUUGCCCUGAAAUGCGAGCCUCGGAAUGGCAAUAUCUUUGCGCUGUGCACGACCCGCCUAAAUCCUGCUGCGCAAUUGACUACUGCUGCCAUACUCUUGAUUGGGCAUCGAAUACCCUCACCUCCCCAAAAUAUUUCCCCAGUCGGCUCACACUAGGCUCGGAGGCUGCCGGAGGCCCCCAGGCUAGCAUGAGACACUUGACCAACAUAUUCCGUCGUCUAUACCGCAUUUUUGCGCACGCAUGGUUCCAGCACCGUGAUGUCUUUUGGGAAGUGGAAGGCCAUGAUGGUCUAUAUGUCUUCUUCAAGGCGGUCUGCGACAUGUACGGCCUCAUCCAGCAGGACAAUUACACCAUUCCCCCUGAGGCCGAGGGACCAGAUGCGGUCCAGCAGUCUGCUCAGCAGACUGGCGAGGAAGGACCGACCGACAGCAAGCGUCUGACCAUCCUGCGCAAGGAUGACGAGAAUCCAUUCGGAUCAGCGGCGGGAAGUCUGGACCCGACGCUCGGCACUGGCGCAACCACCCGUCGCCACAAGCACAGUCCUUCUACCGGUUCACGUGUUACGACUAUCUCGGAAGGAGCGGAGGAUUUGGAAGACAGCCCUCAGACGCCAUCUCCCCUGCGCGAGGCCCUUGAGCAAUCGCCAGAAAGGCCUGUCUCUGUCCUGGAGGUCCCGACUUCUCGGUCGGAACCUAUUUCGGAGGAAACGUCUGCUGAUAUUGGGGAGCCAUCUGAAGACCCAGUUGAGGAACCUCGGGAACAGCCAGAAACUGAGGGGAAGCCGUCCGAGACCCCGGCACAUGAGGAAAAGACUGAGCAGGCUGGGGAGACUCGGAAGACUCUGGAGACCGAACAGCCAAACUCUGAGGAGUCAAAUACCAAGGCAGAGUCUCCUGUUGAGGCCUCUGUGGAAGGGGCGGAAGAGGCAGCUCCCUCUGAACAGCCUGAAGUGAAGGUUGAGGUGACACCCGAGACGCCGAAGGAAACUGCGCAGGAACCUUCGAUUGUUUCUGAGGACAAACCCGAGCCAGAGAAAGAGAAAGAGGUCUCUUGA